UCCUUGUCGAGUCGAACGAGUUCUCUUCAAAUGACCCACCCAACGAUUGACCAUUCCUUCGGUUUACUGUGAGUGUGAGUUCCAUCACCUGCACUUAGGGAGAAGGUGGGCCUGCUAGCUGAGAGAAUCCAUUAUCGGUUUGGCUGGGAGAAGGUGGGCCUGGUAGGAAGGACCAAGGGCCAUCUAGACCGACAACCAUCGCUGGCUUCCUUUUUGCUGCUUUCGCUAGCUAAUGCUUGGCCAGAUCUCUUGCUUCUCCUCUUCCUUCUCCUCUUCCUCCUCUUCCCUCUCCUCUUCCUCCUCUUCCUCCUCUUCCUCCUCCCUACUGCAUUUCUCUGCGAAUUGGUCAAAGUGAGCACUAGAAACCUUGCGAGAGAAAUAUCUUCCUAGUCAGGAGUAAAAUCGUGCGCAUCAGCAUGAAGGCUCCAAAUCCAAGUAGUUGUGUGCUUUGUCUUCGCUGACGUCAACACGUUUUCAAUUUUUCAUUCGUCGACGAGACUUAGGUAGAAUUUACGUAUUCAUGCGUGUCAUCCUUGCGCAGGGGCCAUGCUACUCUAUUUUCUCUGUAUCGUUCCAGUAUUAGCGGAUGUCCCUAAGGACGGGUAGAAUAUUUUCAGGCUUUCCUUUUUUCUUUUCGAGGAGAUACAGAUAGAUAGAUACAUAGAUAGAUAGACAGAUAGAUAGACAGAUAGAUAGAUACAUACAGAGAGAGAGAGAGAGAGAGAGAGAGAGAGAGAGAGAGAGAGAGGAAUCAGUGUAACAACUGACUAGUGGACAAUUUUUAUUUAUUUUUACUUUUUUUUUGCGUUUUCCUUUCCGCGUUUUGAUUCAAUUCCUCGUUAAUUAUUGUAUUAACAUCAUAUACAGCCAACAGCAUGUUAUCGGUGUCUGCCAGAUCCUCGUCCUCCCCCUUCCCCUCCCCCUCCCACUCUCCAUCAUCGUCUUCAUCGUCUUCCAAUUUAUCGACCAUGGCGAUGGACAUCAAGGCAAUCAAUGUCUCUCUCGCGCGAGUUGCAUCCCUCGUCGCCAUCGCUCUUUUCCUUCGGAUGGCUUUCUCCAUAUCUCCGUCUUUCUCUCCAUCGUCUUCAUCCAUAUCUCCGUCUCUGUCCCCAUCGUUUCCCUCUUCACCUUCUUCGUCCCGAUCAUCGUCUUCGUCAUCGCCAUCGCUAGAGAAAAAUGCAGAGAACGACGAUGCAACGACGACAUCUGCUAUCCUUCUUGCAGGAAGAUCUCCGCCUUCUUCAUCGCCAUCCUCUUCCUUCCUCUCUAGCGAUGGCGGCGCAACGCAGACCUUGUUGCCAAAGGCGUCCGGACUGAAUCUGCCUUCGACAAUCAAUCAUAACGACCAGGUGGCAGCUGAACAAAAAGACGGGGAAGAGAUUAGCUAUGGCUAUGAAGUCGAGAGAGUGCGCCUAAGGACACGGCCACGUGGCAAGCACGGGUGCAAUCGGGAUCUGGACGCCAUUCUCAAGCUCAUCAAGCCGUCGCCGAUCUACGGCCCCGACGUUCCGCGGCUCAGAUUGCGGGUCAGGUAUGAGACGAAAGAGAGGCUGCGUGUUCACAUAACAGCCGUGGAUGGUGCGCCUCGAUGGGAAGUUCCACGGAAUCUUUUUUCAACCUCAGCGAGGACAGAGAGUGAGAGAAUCAAAUCAGAUGGGGAAAGUACGGAGGGUGGCCAAUCACACUUACAGAGAACUGGCAGUCUGCAACAAUCAAGUUUCUCGAGUCAGGCUCGUAGGGUCAUGCUUGGAGAAGGAUCAUCAAAGGAUCGAGAAGAGGGGUUUUCAGGAGAGAAUAAGGAGGAGGACAAGGAGGAAGAGGAGGAGAAGGAUGCGGAAGAGGACGAUUUGACUACUGUAAUGGAGGAUGGGACUCUCCCCAUGUCCCCCGACCCGGAUCGACAUCCCCUCAGCUUUUCUUACACAGACAAGCCUUUUGGGUUUGCGAUUACUCGGCAUGCGACAGGCGAGGUUCUAUUCAACUCAACGCCUGGGACCACUUCUGCUGUUCGGACCAUGGCGUUCAAAGAUCAGUAUCUCGAGCUCUCAACAGCCACGUCUCCUGACUCGUCGCUCUAUGGGAUCGGGGAGAGCACACGACCGGAUGGUUUUCGUCUUACCCCCAACAGGACACACACUCUAUGGGCUGCGGACAUAAGCAGUUGUAAUGCCAACAUGAACCUUUACGGUGUGCACCCAUAUUAUUUGGAUCUCAGAAAGGAUGGGUCAGCACACGGCGUCCUCCUCUUUAACAGCAAUGGGAUGGAUGUUCAAGUCAAUGAGGAUUCUAUCCAAUACCGGGUGCUUGGUGGUGUCUUUGACUUUUUCUUCUUCACAGGACCAUCUCCAGCUGCCGUCACCGAUCAGUACACCCAACUGGUCGGUAGGCCUGCACCAAUGCCAUACUGGACUUUUGGUUUACAGCAAUGUCGAUAUGGAUAUCGUGAUCUUCAUGAGCUCGAGGAUGUGGUUCAGAAUUACUCCGCAGCAAGAAUUCCUUUGGAGGGAAUGUGGGCAGACAUUGAUUACAUGCAUGGAUAUAGAGACUUCACUUUCGAUCCUGAAAAAUUUCCGGAGGAGGGAAUGCGUAGCCUUGUCAAUCAUUUGCAUCGACAUGACCAACACUUUGUCGCCAUUGUGGAUCCAGGGAUCAAGGUGGACGCCAACUUCUCAGCAUAUCAGCGUGGCGUGCAGGCAGACAUUUUCAUAAAAGAUGUGACUGGAAAGCCUUAUGUGGCACAAGUAUGGCCAGGGGCCACCCACAUACCUGAUUUCCUGAACCCGAGAACCCGUUCAUAUUGGGAAGAGGAGAUCAGAGAGUUUCAUAACAAGCUAGGUUUUGACGGGUUAUGGAUUGACAUGAACGAACCGGCGAACUUCUGCUCUGGUGUGGUUUGCUCUGUCACGAAGGGAUGCCCUGUACCAGGUGUGCCUCCCUACAUUUGCUGUUUGUCUUGCCAAGGGACCGACUCGACUGACAACGACCACAGUGGAGCUGACAACGUGUCGACGAAGUGGGAUCGCCCACCAUAUAAAAUCAACUCUUAUGGCCAGCACGCACCUAUCGGGACAAAAACCCUUCCAGCAAGUUCUCAGCAUAUCAAUGGCAUCCUUCACUACAAUGCACACAACAUAUUUGGGCUGUCCCAGGCGCAGGCAACUUUGACGGCUUUGAGAUCUGUGAUGAUGAAGCGACCUUUCCUUCUCAGUCGGGCGACCUUCCCAGGGUCAGGUGCAUACGCUGCACAUUGGAGCGGUGACAACUGUGCCACGUGGAAAGACCUUGCACACUCCAUAACUGCUAUGCUGAACAUGGGGCUGUUUGGGAUCUCGAUGACGGGGUCGGACAUCUGUGGGUUUCGUGGGAAUACUACAGAGGAACUGUGCAGACGAUGGGUACAGGUCGGCUCGUUCUACCCCUUCGCGAGGGAUCAUUCCGACAUAGGCACACUGCGCCAAGAGCUAUAUCAGUGGGAAUCGGUUGCAGAAACGGCCCGGAAACAUCUGAGUUUGCGGUAUCGACUUCUACCCUACUUCUACACCCGGAUGCAUGAGGCAACUUCUAGCGGAUUGCCGAUCGUACGCCCAUUGUUCUUCACCUUUCCGAAAGACGCGGUGACACAUGCAAUCAACCAGCAAUUCCUGGUGGGCAGGGGAUUGAUGGUAAGUCCAGUGCUAGAAGAGGGGGCGGAGAAAGUGAACGCCUACUUCCCAGAGGGUUCGUGGUACAACCUCCAAGACUUUUCUUUUGUACAGAGCAUCCAAGGAGGGAGAUGGGUCACACUGCCAGCACCUCAGCACACCAUAAAUGUCCAUGUCUUUGAGGGUGAAAUUCUGCCAAUGCAGCAGCCUGGGAUGACAACUGCCGUGGUGCGAAGGUCUCCCUUCUCCUUGUUCAUAACCUUUCCUGCAUGGCAUGAGCCAUGCACUGACUAUAACCUGGCUGAAGUUAGUUCCUUAAUAGCCGAUAACCAGACGGCUAUCGACUCGAUAAUAGCCGAUAAGCAGAUGGCUAUUACUCCAUGGCUAUGCAGGCAAGGUCAUCCUUCAUUGUUUCCCCAAACUGAACCUCUUCUCCUCUCUGCCACUGCUAAGGGAGAUCUCUAUAUUGACGACGAUCGGGUAGUUCAAGAGAUGGUGGUAAGAGAUGAACUUGACCACGCCACUUACAUCACAUUUGAUGGCGGAAUCAAAGUUUAUGCACGUGGGGGACAGUCACAAACGGGGAAACGCAGUGCUGGACUCUAUGGAAAAGGCUCCUUGCAAGCGUCUGUUGUUAAGGGUGGACAGUUUGCCUGUAAGGAGGGGUGGAUGGUUGACGAAGUGGUCAUUCUUGGGCCAUCUUGGGCACCUAACCACCUCACUAUUAAUGGGAAAACGUCUCGUCUUCAACGAGAUGUGCAAACGAGUUUCGACCCAACUCUACACAAGACAUAUUUCUUUGACAUGAACCUCAAACUUUGUGACGGUUUCACCCUUGAAUGGGAGGGGCAAUGGUAAUUGUACAGUGUUUUUUUUUCCCUUGGAACUUAAGAAAUCU